UGGAUGUGUACAUGGAAAACUGGUGGCUGACUCUAACGGGACAAUAUCUCAGAGGUUGAGUUCUGUCACCCCCAACUGGCCAAAAAUGAUUAAUGCAGCUUUAAGUAUAACGUUCCUCUGACGAGGGUCGGGCUUUGUGCGUUAGUUACAAACAUAUUUCUAUAAUUUGAUCAUGGAUGAGAUAUAAAAAUCCAAUUUACCACAAAUCAGUGUCCAAUAAGAAAAAAAUGUUUCUUUAAAUGUGUGAUGAUUGAUUCUGAUUGAUUACCUGAUUGAUUUCGACAGUCCUGAGACCGUAGCCUAUCACAGCAUGGGACCAGGGAUGGGCGGAGCUCCAGGGAUGCCGGCCCCUCCCCCACCCCCUCCUCCACCACCGAUGCCGGGCACAGUGUCCAACGGGUCGUACCCUGCACCUCCUCCCCCUGCUCCUCCUCCUCCCCCUCCUCCACCUCCUCCUCCAUGUCGGACCAGCGAGCUCUCCUCCUCUGUCCCCAUGCCCCCCCCUCCUCCCCCUGUAGCCCCGCCUCUCCCAGGUACAGGGGGGUCGCCCACAGUCAUCUUUAACUCUGGACUCGCAGAGGGUCCUCUCAAGUUAUUCUCCGUGAAGAUCAAGAAGCCGAUCCAGACUAAGUUCAGGAUGCCGGUGUUGAACUGGGUCGCCCUGAAGCCGAGUCAGAUCAACGGGACCGUCUUCAACGACAUCGACGACGAGGCCAUCCUGCAGGAGCUGAACGUGGAAGAGUUUGAGGAGCUGUUUAAGACAAAGGCUCAGGGUCCGGCGGUGGACCUGACUCUGUCCAGACAGAAGCUUCCUCAGAAAGCUCCGUCCAAAGUGUCUCUGCUGGAGGCCAACAGAGCAAAAAACCUGGCCAUCACUUUGAGGAAGGCUGGUCAGGGGUCAGAGGUCAUCUGUCGUGCCAUCCACAUGUUCGACCUGCGGACGGUUCGGGUCGAUUUUGUGGAGUGUCUGAUGCGUUUCCUGCCCACAGAGGCCGAGGUCAAACUUCUACGGCAGUACGAAAGGGACAGAAAACCUCUGGAGGCUCUGAGCGACGAAGACCGAUUCAUGAUGCAGUUCAGCCGCAUUGAAAGACUCAGUCAGCGCAUGUCCAUCAUGACCUUUAUGGGCAACUUCACCGACAACGUCCAGAUGUUAACUCCGCAACUCCACGCCAUCAUCGCUGCUUCAGUUUCUAUAAAAUCAUCUCAGAAGCUCAAGAAGAUCCUCGAGAUCAUCUUGGCUCUGGGGAACUACAUGAACAGCAGUAAGAGAGGAGCUGUGUACGGAUUCAAGCUGCAGAGUUUAGAUCUGCUGCUGGAGACAAAGUCGACAGACAGGAAACAGACACUGCUUCAUUACAUCAGCAACGUGGUCAGAGAGAAGUAUCCCGCCAAGUCUCUGUUCUACAACGAGCUUCACUACGUCGACAAGGCUGCUGCAGUGAGUCUGGAGAACGUGCUGUCCGAUGUGAAGGAUCUGCAGCGCGGCAUGGAGCUCACCUGGAGGGAGUUCAGCGUUCAGCACAAUGCCACACUCAAAGACUUCAUCAGCAGGCACGAGUCACGGCUCAACAAGCUGCAGGAGGACGCGCGCAUUGCUCAGGAUGCGUUUGAGGACGUGGUGAAAUUUUUCGGGGAGAGUUCAAAGACAAUGCCGCCGUCCGUCUUCUUCCCCAUCUUCGUCCGUUUCAUUAAAGCAUACAGGCUGGCGGAGGAGGAGAAUGAGCAGAGGAGGCGUCAGGAACAAAUGUUACUGGAGAAACUGGAGCAGGAGGAGCAGCAGCAGGAGGAGGAGACCAAGUCUCCCUCCCACAGGGGGAAGCGGCAGCAGCAGGAGCUGCUCACCGAGCUCCGAAAACGUCAAGGCAAAGACAGUCGCCAUGUUUAUGAAGGGAAGGAUGGCGCCAUAGAGGACAUUAUCACAGCUUUGAAGACCGUCCCCUUCACGGCUCGAUCCGCCAAACGCAGCUCUCGCUUCUUCUGUGACCCUGCCCACACUGAGGAGCACUACUGAGGGACAGAGAGAGACAUUACAUUGUAAAGAGAGCUUAAACGUCAGCAUGUUGGAGGAUGGUGUCUUCUUCAGCUGGCCAUGCCCACUUCUAAUCGAUGGGACCAAUUAGCACUUUGAACAUUUCUGAUCGAUUAAUGUGAACUGAUGACAUCAUGUUUUGUAUGUUACUUUAUUGGUCAGUUUGUGCACAGACCAGGUUCCCAGACACCACCUGACCUCUGACCCCUGACCUGUCCCUAAUGUUCUGCUCUGUUCUGACCGCUGUCAAACCAAACUCCAUCCAGGAAUUUUGGGAUUUAAAGUGACACCAGAACCCAAAAUCCUGGUUCUGGGUCAGUAUGUCUGUGGUCCUGUGGUUGUUCUGGGUUCCUUCAAUCUGUCUCUUUAACUGGAUCGUGUACAGGGUUCUACUACUUUCACUACAUUGUGUUCUACUGUGUUUUACUGUAUUUACUAGCCUUACCAGAGCCAGGUAUACACAGAGUCUGGCACCUUUCUAAAGGGUUAGGAAACAGUGUAAGCAAGAAGCACUCAAACACAAGAACCUUUGCCAGACUCUGGUUAUCUGUGGCUCUGGCUCACCUUCCUGAACCUGACCCUUCCUCAAAACGCAUUUCCUCUGAAGCCCCGCUGUUAGCCUGUUAGUUACGGUGGCCUGCAAAAGUUUGGGCACACCAGGAAAAUAAUUAAUUUACUGUGAGUAGUUAACUAAGUAGAAGAUGAACUGGGCCAAUUUUUGGGCCGUCUUCAUACACUGGUCUUUUCGGUCUAUCCACAGAUUUUUAAUGAUGUUUAGGUCGGGGGACUGUGAGGGCCAUGGCAAAACCUUCAGCUUGCUCCUCUUGUGAUAGUCCAUUGAGGCGGUAAUCAUCCUUUUAGCCAUUUCAUCUGCUUAUCUGGGACAUCCCUCUCCACGGCAACGCUUUCGAGCUCCUCCUGGAAGAUCCCGAGGUGUUCCCAGGCCAGAUGAGAUAUAAAAUCCCUCCAGUGUGUUCUGGGUCUGCCCUGGGGCCUCCUACCAGUGCGUCGUGCCUGGAUCACCUCUAAUGGGGAGGCGGCCAGGAGGAUCCUGAUCAGAUGCCUGAACCACCUCAAUUGACCCCUUUUGACGCAGAGGAGCAGCGGCUCUGCUCCGAGCUCCCUCCGGAAGUCCGAGCUCCUCACCCUAUCUCUAAGGCUGAGCCCAGACACCCCACAUUGGAAACUCACUUUGGCCGCUUGUAUCCAUGACCUCAUUCUUUUGGUCACUACACGGAGCUCAUGACCACAGGUGAGGGUUGGGACCAGUAAAUAGAAAGCUUUGCCUUCCAGCUCAGCUCCCUCUUCACCUCAACAGUCCGAUGCAGCGCCCACAUCACUGCAGAAGCCGCACCACACCGCUGAUCCACCUCAUGCUUCAUUCUACCCUCACUGUGAACAAGACCCCAAGAUACGUAAACUCCCUCGCUUGACGCACCAACUCUCUCCCAACCCAGAGGGAACAAUCCACCAGUUUAAGGCUAUUUUUACAAAUGCUGUGAUGUUUGCUUACAGAAUUUGCUGGACUUUAACUGACUUCAUUCUUUGCUCUACCUGUGAAAUGCUCCCCGUGCCACUGGCUGCAACACAAGCCCGAAGCAUGAUCCAUCCACCCCCGUGUUUAACAGUUGGACAGGUGUUCUUUGCAUGAAGUUCUGUACCCUUCAUAGACCUUUCUACUGUUAGUAAACACUAUGGCUUUUUUUGUGGGCAGGGCUUAGCUGGAGGCAAAACAAUUCUCCACAGACAUUAGCUAGCACUAGUUAGCAAGUUCUGUUGUCUUGUUUUAAACGAUAAAGAUGAUGUGAGUGGUGCGUUCAGAAAUAGGAUGUUUCAUCUUUAAUCUCAUAUAUUUUAUUUAUUUAUUUUUUUAAAAGAUUUUUUUUGGGCAUUUUUUGCCUUUAAUGGACAGGACAGUUAAGUGUGAAAGGGGGAGAGAGAAAGGGGAUGACUCAAACCCGGGCCGCUGCGGCAACAGCCUUGUACAUGGGGCGCCUGCUCUACCACUAAGCCACCGACGCCCCAAUCUCAUGUCUUUUGACGAUCAGUUCAUCUUCUACUCGCUGAACUACUCACAGUAAGUUUUGACCAGGGGUGCCCAAAGUUUUGCAGCCACUGUAGCUCUGGAACCGCACCAGCAGGAAUAUUGACUGAAAAAUAAACCCUGCCUCAAGAAACUCGGAGCUACAAAAAGCCAAAUUCUGGUCUUGUUGUGUUUUGAAAUGUGUCACCAGUGAGGGGGUGCUGUGGCCCCAAGACAACAGAAUAAGAAAAGCACGUCUCCGUCUGCCCUUCAAGAACUCAACAGACUUCCCUGUAACGUAGAUGCAGUCUGAGACGAUGUUUCAGACGAUAAACUGACCUGAGUCCUGAUUUACUGAUGAAACUCUUCGGUGUGUAACAUGAAGCAGCGAAAGUGAGGUCAGUCUGCUGGUGAGGCUGGACAUACAUACUCUGACAAACCCAAAACAGACUUAAAGCAGCCCCUCUUUACCUGUGUAGAGGCAGGUCUCAAACUGAACACUGAUGUGUCCACUCCAGCAGUCCUGCAUCAACAUGUCAUCACAAUCCUGCCCCCCCCCCCCCCCCCCAAGUCAAAACAAGACAAAAAAAGUGAAACAGCACAAAGUUUUCUACGUGUACAUACAUUUUCUAGAAAGCUGGUUAGCGUUGCUCGUACUGUUUAGUGUUUGUUGGUUGUUGGUGAUUCUGCACUUGGUGGUGUGAAUAAAAAACACACCCUGUCUACAUGACGUCUGUCAAUUUAAUGCCGGUACUACUCUUACUUUAGUAGAUAGUACUUUUCAACCUUGACCCUAUUUUACCAUGUUUUUAUGUCACAACAGUUUUUUGAAGUGGUCUAGCACUGAGGAAGAGCAGCUGUUGUCAGUGUCCGUCCUCUUAAAAUGUUUGUUCUUGUCACUGACAGGCUCAGAUUGUUGUUCUGAGUGUCUGACACCACUGUGGGAAGGACCCCUACAGAGAUAGAGCUUUGUGUUAAAGAGUAAAGACCCAAA